AGAAAACAGACGUAGGCGGCACUGGCGACGGCGCGGACAGCAAAGAGGUUAAUUGGAGGUUAGACGCCGUUGUGGUGUCAAUUCAUAUCAAAAAUAUUUCAAUAACAAAAAUUAAGAAGUGUGUUUACGAAGCAUCUCGUAGCUACAUUGAGCUACAUAGCAGAAAAAGAUGGAGGAAGUUACGAAGCUGGAACACCUGUCUCUGGUGUCGAAAAUCUGCACGGAGUUGGAGAAUCACCUGGGAUUGAACGACAAGGACUUGGCUGAGUUCAUUGUACAUCUGGCCGAAAAAAAUAACACAUUUCCCGCGUUCAAGAAGGUACUAAUUGAGAACGGAGCGGAGUUCUCCGACUCCUUUAUGGCCAAUCUUCUCAGGAUAAUACAGCACAUGAAACCGACGAAAGCGUCCACCGACAAACCGUCCAAGUCUAUAAGCAAGCAGGACGAAUUAGCAUUGAAGUUUCCAGCGCUUGCGUUACCAAAUGAAAAUCCACGUGAUUCCGAGACCAACGACGCCAAGGAUGAGGACAUCGUCAAUGAUGUUAUGGCUUCCCUAGAAGCGUUCGCGCCGUCUAAUAAGAAAAAGUCGACGAACACCGAGAAGAAUAACGGUAAGCUUGACAGUGACGAGAAAAAGAGUAAACGAGGAAGGAGAAGCAGGAGCAGAUCGAGGGACAGAUCCAAACGACACAGAUCCAGAUCCAGAUCAUCGAAUCGGAAGGAGAGACGGCACAGAUCUAGGACGCGGUCCAGGUCGCGGACGCGUCACAGAUCGCGCGACCGAACGCACAGAAGACGCUCCAGGUCCCGGGAGCGCAGGGGCUCACCCGGAGCCCGCGAUCGCAGAGACGCGAGACACUCGAGGAAACGCGACCGAUCCAGAUCCAGAUCCACGGAGGAGAUUCCACUCUCCGCAGAGCCGGAGGUGGGUAAGAUUUACGCCGGCAAGGUCGCAAACAUUGUGCCGUUCGGCUGUUUUGUCCAGCUGGAAGGUUUAAGGCGUCGUUGGGAGGGCCUGGUUCAUAUCUCUCAAUUGAGACGGGAAGGCCGAGUGGCGAACGCGAGCGACGUGGUCUCCCGGGGGCAGAAGGUCCUAGUGAAGGUCCUCAGCGUCGGUGGGCAGAAGGUGUCUCUCAGCAUGAAGGACGUCGAUCAGGAAACUGGAAAGGAUUUAAAUCCAGUGAUACCGAUCGCGAAGGCGGACGAGGACGAGAAGCACUUGCGUAAUCCGGACAGACCUACCUCUCUGCUGGAGCUUCAGGGUAACUACGACGAGGACGAGACGUAUUCGAGGAAGCGCGUGCAACGUCUCUCGUCGCCAGAGAAGUGGGAGAUCAAGCAGAUGCUGGCCGCGUCGUGCAUCGACAGAAGUGAGUUGCCGGAGUUCGACACGGAGACUGGAAUCCUGCCACGAGAGGAUGACGAAGAGGAGGACGUAGAGAUCGAGCUUGUCGAAGAGGAGCCACCGUUCCUGCAUGGUCACGGCCGAACUCUCGGCGACCUCAGCCCCGUGAGGAUAGUAAAGAAUCCGGACGGCUCGCUAGCGCAGGCGGCGAUGAUGCAGAGCGCUCUGGCAAAGGAGCGGAGAGAACAGAAGAUGUUGCAGCGCGAGCAGGAGAUGGAUUCCGUGCCCACUGGUCUGAACAAGAACUGGAUAGACCCACUGCCAGACGCAGAGAGUCGCACGCUGGCGGCAAACAUGCGCGGCAUCGGUUUACAGACGCAGGAUCUGCCCGAGUGGAAGAAGCACGUGAUAGGCGGUAAGAAGUCGUCGUUCGGCAAGAAGACCAAUUUAACGCUAUUGGAGCAGCGUCAGAGCUUGCCGAUUUACAAGCUGCGCGACGAUUUGGUGAAAGCCGUGACGGACAAUCAAAUCUUGAUCGUAAUCGGGGAGACCGGCUCGGGCAAGACGACGCAGAUCACGCAGUACCUGGCGGAGGCUGGUUUCACCGCGCGCGGCAAAAUCGGUUGCACACAGCCAAGACGUGUUGCCGCUAUGAGCGUGGCUAAGAGAGUGGCAGAGGAGUUUGGCUGCUGUUUGGGCCAGGAAGUGGGCUAUACCAUCCGUUUUGAAGAUUGCACCGGGCCGGAGACCAGCAUCAAAUAUAUGACGGACGGUAUGUUGCUGCGUGAAUGCUUGAUGGACCUUGACUUGAAAACGUAUUCGGUAAUUAUGUUGGACGAGGCGCACGAGCGCACGAUACACACGGAUGUGCUGUUCGGCCUAUUGAAGCAGGCAGUGGGUCGUAGACCUGAUCUCAAGCUGAUCGUCACCAGCGCUACUCUAGAUGCGGUUAAAUUCUCGCAGUACUUCUUUGAGGCGCCGAUUUUUACCAUACCCGGCCGUACAUUCGAGGUCGAGGUAAUGUACACGAAGGAACCAGAGACUGAUUACCUGGAUGCCGCAUUGAUCACCGUUAUGCAGAUCCAUCUGCGUGAACCGCCAGGUGACAUCCUACUUUUCCUUACUGGUCAGGAGGAGAUUGAUACCGCCUGCGAGAUCCUUUACGAACGUAUGAAGUCUCUGGGUCCGGACGUACCAGAACUAAUUAUUCUUCCGGUUUACUCGGCUUUGCCCUCAGAGAUGCAAACUAGAAUAUUUGAACCAGCGCCGCCUGGCUCACGCAAAGUCGUCAUUGCCACGAACAUCGCCGAAACCAGCUUGACGAUCGACGGUAUAUAUUACGUCGUCGAUCCGGGCUUUGUUAAACAGAAAGUCUACAAUUCCAAGACAGGCAUGGACAGUCUUAUAGUGACGCCGAUUAGCCAAGCGGCGGCAAAACAGAGAAGCGGAAGAGCCGGCAGAACCGGACCAGGAAAGUGUUAUCGUCUUUACACCGAGCGAGCUUAUAGAGACGAAAUGCUGCCCACGCCAGUCCCGGAGAUACAGCGUACGAAUUUGGCCACUACUGUGUUGCAACUGAAGACUAUGGGCAUCAAUGAUCUUCUACAUUUUGAUUUUAUGGAUGCGCCACCAGUGGAAUCACUGAUUAUGGCAUUGGAAUCGUUGCACAGCUUAAGCGCUCUCGACAAUGAGGGCUUACUGACGCGAUUGGGUCGACGUAUGGCGGAAUUUCCGCUAGAACCAAAUCUAUCAAAAAUGUUAAUUAUGAGCGUGCACCUUCAGUGCUCUGAUGAGAUUCUGACUAUCGUCAGUAUGUUGUCCGUACAAAAUGUCUUCUAUCGACCGAAGGACAAACAGGCCUUAGCCGAUCAGAAGAAAGCAAAGUUCAAUCAACCUGAGGGUGAUCACUUGACUCUACUAGCGGUUUAUAAUUCAUGGAAAAACAAUAAGCUGAGCAAUGCUUGGUGUUACGAGAACUUUGUGCAGAUAAGGACAUUGAAGCGUGCCCAAGAUGUACGUAAGCAAUUGCUGGGCAUAAUGGACAGGCAUAAAUUAGAUGUAGUAUCGGCCGGUAAGAACACAGUGCGUAUACAGAAAGCUGUGUGCUCUGGAUUUUUCAGAAAUGCGGCGAAGAAAGAUCCACAGGAGGGAUACAGAACGUUGGUUGACAGCCAAGUGGUGUACAUUCAUCCGAGUAGUGCAUUGUUCAAUCGCCAGCCGGAAUGGGUGAUCUAUCACGAAUUGGUGCAAACUACCAAGGAAUAUAUGAGAGAAGUGACGACGAUUGAUCCGAAGUGGCUGGUGGAAUUUGCACCUGCAUUCUUCAAGUUCAGCGAUCCAACUAAACUUAGCAAGUUUAAAAAGAAUCAAAGACUGGAGCCACUCUACAACAAAUACGAAGAGCCGAACGCGUGGAGGAUAUCGCGAGUUCGCAGGCGACGUAACUAAAGAAUACGCUUAUAUUCUAUGUAACUAUUGUUCCAUCAUAGUGAUUCGAUUUGUGCGUACUUGACGGUUCAAUUUUCCGAAAGCUUUAGUGAUGUAGAACAGUCAAUUACAUCUCUCAAAACAGUGUUUUUAUCGUUUUUAUGCAGCUGCUGCUUACACUUAUAAUGACAAGACAGAAAACAUUCACGGAGACAGAAAAUAUUUUUAUUUUGCACAUGUAACAGAUAGCAUUCUUGAUACAUGUAAGAAAAAUACUCUUUGUUACUAGGAAGUAAGGGAAACAGCUAAUGAUAUCGUGAAGAUACUGAAUUAAUUUCAUUAUAUAACGAUAAAAAUGUAAUGCAAUCAUUGGAAUCGUGUACAAUAAUGCAGUUAUAAAAAGAGGAUUAUUUAGUCAAGUCUCUGUGAUGUACAUAUUUGUGUAAAUAUUGUAAAUAUAUAAUCAUACUCAUUUA